AUGGAGGGGCCUUUGCUGCCCAAAUCUGACCUCAUCUCUUGGCUUGAAGAAAAAGGGGAACUGUUUGUCCAGGAGGCCAUGACAGAAGGGGAUUUGUGCGAGACAGUGAAGGAAAAGGAACUGCCUCAAGGGAGAAACCACACAGAGGAGAAAUCAUAUAAAAAUCUGGAGAGUAGACAGAGCUUCAAAUGGAGGAAAGACCUCAUUGGUCAUGAAAGAAUCCACACAGGGGAGAAACCAUUGAAAUGCCUGGAAUGUGAAAAAAGCUUCAGUCAGAAGGUUCACCUUAAGUCUCAUCAAAGAAUCCACACAGGAGAGAAGCGAUUUACAUGCCUAGAAUGUGGAAAGAGGUUCAAUCAGAAGGCUCACCUGAAGAAUCAUCAAAGAAUCCACACAGGAGAGAAGCCAUUUACAUGCCUAGAAUGUGAAAAGAGCUUUAAACAGAAGGCUCACCUGAAGAAUCAUCAAAGAAUUCACACAGGAGAGAAGCCAUUUAAAUGCCUUGAUUGUGGAAAGAGCUUCAGUCAGAGAGCAAGCCUUACCUUUCACCAAAGAACUCACACAGGGGAGAAACCAUUUAAAUGCCUAGAAUGUGGGGAAAGCUUCAGUUUGAAGUCACAACUUAAGUUCCAUCAAAGAAUCCACACAGAGGAGAAAUCGUUUAUAUGCCUAGAAUGUGGGAAGAGCUUCCGUUGGAAGUCAUUGCUUAAGUACCAUCAAAGAAUCCACACAGGAGAGAAACCCUUUAAAUGCCUGGAGUGUGGAAAGACCUUCAGUCAAAGUUCAUGCUUGACCUCUCAUCAAAGAAUCCACACAGGAGAGAAACCCUUUAAAUGCCUGGAGUGUGGAAAGACCUUCAGUCAAAGUUCAUGCUUGACCUCUCAUCAAAGAAUCCACACAGGAGAGAAACCCUUUAAAUGCCUGGAGUGUGGAAAGACUUUCAGUCAUGGUAGAAGUCUUACUUCACAUCAAAGAACUCACACUGGGGACAAACCAUUUCAGUGCCUGGAGUGUGGAAAGAGCUUUCGUCGGAAUAACAACCUUACCGUCCACCAAAGAAUUCACACUGGGGAGAAACCAUUUCAAUGCCCAGAGUGUGGAAAGAGUUUCAGUCAGAGAAUAUGCCUCAUUUUGCAUCAGAGAAUCCACACAGGGGAGAAACCAUUUGAAUGCUUAGAAUGUCGGAAGAGCUUCCGUCAGAAAUCAAGCCUUACCUCCCAUCAGAGAAUCCACACAGGAGAAAAACCAUUUCAGUGCCAGGAAUGUGGAAAGAGCUUCAGCCGGAAUAACCAGCUUUCUGCCCACCGAAGAAUUCACACAGGAGAGAAACCAUUUCAGUGCCUGGAGUGUGGGAAAUGUUUCAGGAAAAGGUCCGUCCUUAAUAUACACCAAAGCAUCCAUACUGGGGAGAAACCAUAUAAAUGCAUGGAGUGUGGAAAGAGCUUCAAGAAGGGGGAAGACCUUACAGAACAUCACAGAAUUCACACUGGGGAGAAACCAUUUCAGUGCCUGGAGUGUGGGAAAUGUUUCAGGAAAAGGUCCGUCCUUACCAUACAUCAAAGCAUCCAUACUGGGGAGAAACCAUAUAAAUGCAUGGAGUGUGGAAGGAGCUUCAAGAAGGGCGAAGAUCUUACAGAACAUCACAUAAUUCACACUGGGGAGAAACCAUUUCAGUGCCUGGAGUGUGGGAAAUGUUUCAGGAAAAGGUCCGUCCUUAAUAUACAUCAAAGCAUGCAUACUGGGGAGAAACCAUAUAAAUGCAUGGAGUGUGGAAGGAGCUUCAAGAAGGGCGAAGACCUUACGGAGCAUCACAGAUUUCACACUGGGGAGAAACCAUUUCAGUGCCUGGAGUGUGGGAAAUGUUUUAGGAGAAGGUCCAUCCUUAAUAUACAUCAAAGCAUCCAUACUGGGGAGAAACCAUAUAAAUGCAUGGAGUGUGGAAAGAGCUUCAGGAAGGGCGAAGACCUUACAAAGCAUCAUAGAAUUCACACUGGGGAGAAACCAUUUCAAUCUUUGCAGCAUUGA